GCGGCUGCUGUAUGAACCUUUUGCGUUUCAAAGUGACCGGAGCUGCGGACAGGGUGAUAUCGACACUUGCGCCUACAUGAUAGCAUCGUGCUGUCACACGCCCGACAGGCUGCUACGUGGCGAGAAGAUUCGCUCGCGACAGUCUAAGGACUUGUCUCCGUUACCUCUGCGACUUGCUGCACUUGCCGAGAGGAGUGAGACGGCGGACUUUUGCCAUAUGCCGGCGUCGACGUUUGUUCGAUGGAGCCGGCAGUCUGAUUCCAGGGGCUUUACCCAAGAUUCUCCAAAUGUCUUCAAUCCAGCCGUUCAGGGCGGGUCAGUGCGCUGCUUGAACUUGAUUCUGGACGCACACCACGACAGAAUAGGUCAGCUCGGCGUCAGUACGUCAGAGUUCUGGGCCCAUGAGCUCCGAGCCCAAAAGAAGAGGCAUCUAAAGCGUUUAAUCAAGGCAGACCUGGCGAGCAGAAACAACCCCCUGACCUUUUUGCUAAAGGGUACAAAGUGUAUCGCAAGGGGGAAGCAAAACAAGAAGACUGGAUGUCAAAUAUCCCAGGCGGUCCACGCCCAAAAUUCGGAUGGGCCAGAUAACGUGUAUUGGCUCCAAAAACGCCCAUACCGACAUUCGAGACGCUCUCAAACCCAAACCAGAAAAUCAUUGUUCAAAAGCAGUCAUGGAAAACAAUGGAUACAAAGUCGGGCGAAAGUUUCCCCUCGUGCAAUGAUGGCUACACGCUAUGCCAAUGCAGUUACUGGGAAAAACGUGCCUCCCAAACACUUUGGUCGUGGGAGCAUCCUACCAAGAACGAUUCGGGACAGCGGAAGACUCGAGUUCAACCCGCCGGAAACCAUAAACAAGGCUUACGCUGACACAGGGACGAAGAAGGGCACGCCUCUGGUCUUUUCGCACCAGGGAUCCGCCCAGGACCCAACUGAUGGCCGCUUUAAGAAAAUUAUGGCAACGCAACACUUGAAGAGCACUACGUACAUGGCUAAUGAUCACCCCAUUCCCUUCGAGUAAGGGAAUACUCAGGAGGUCAAUAAGACAACAGUCCAUAACAGUGGUUCGGAUACCGGUCAAAACGCUUUGAUCGAAGCGGGGCCUUCAAGCUCAUCGCCGCCAAGAGUUUCUAUUC